AUUUGACAGGAAAAACUAUUUAAACUCCAUUCUAUACCAUACAGUACCAUCAGUGGAUUUGUGUGGCGCCGUGUGAACUUUUCGUCUGCUCGAUCCCAUGGCGGCGGCUGGCACAUGAAAUUUGACGCCAAGAGACAAGGCUGACAACCCGAGAAUCGUCGGACCAACUGGACGUCAUUGUUGAUGCCAACAACGGACAAUUCGCAACGCGUCAAGACCAAACUUGGGAAGUAAACCCAGAAAUAUGGCGUCUCAUCAAAUAGCCAUCGCGAAGGCUACAUUUGCAGCAAGUUUAUUGAGGCCAGACCCCGUACCGGUACCUCGCGAUGAUAUAGCACAAUUCCACACGCUCCUUGGCGUCGUGUCGACACAGUGCUCACCAACGAAUAUCCAGAGGUGCAAACGAUGGCUUCUUUCCAAUGUCAUUCAGUCUACAACGCGAAUUACAGCUCUCGCGAAAUUUCUAGCCGCGCUCUCAGCCUCAUUUUCAGACGCAGAGAGAAGUACGUUGGUGUCAGCUAAGAGGGAAACUUCAGCGAAAAGAAAGCGUCUACACAUACUAUACCUGAUUAGCGAUCUGAUUUACCAUACGAAGAUCCGCGAUAGAGACACCUCCGUUGCCGACAACUUCCUGCCUCUUCUCGCCAACCUUUUCUCCAGUGCCACCUCUUUCAAAAAUAGCCCAAAGCAUUUACGGAAAGUUGAGAAUCUGCUUGACAUAUGGGCGGAGAAACACUACUACUCCGCAAAUGAUAUAAAUAAGAUCCAGCAGGCAGUCGAGGCCGCCCAGCGAUCGAAUUCGACAACGAACGAACCGGCAGACUCGGAUUCUAGGGCGAUAUCUAAUAUCGCAACCAAGUCUGCCAAAGAUGUCCCGUUUACGAUGCCUGCCAUGCAUGGCGACCAAAACCUACCGUGGUAUGAUUUGCCAGCGGGGAAUCUCAUGCAGCAUAUUAUACCCAAUUCAACGAGGCCAAUCGAUCCGACCCUUGUCAAGCCUAUGCGGUUCGUACCAGGGCAGGUGGAUGAAGAACUCGUUGCCUCCGUGAAGGCGUUUUUAGAAGAAGUUGAGACUAUAUAUGACCCAGUCGCCUGUCACGACGAAAACGAACCUCCAACGUGGGACGUGGACGAGGUUGGCCGGCGAAUUUACAGAGACGAUCUGGGCGACGUGGUUGCAGGCGACGAAGGCUAUUAUGGAUGGUCAACUGCGCUCUGUGAGAAGAUGAAGAAGAGGAUGAACAAAACCAAAUCAGAUGGGCCUUCUGGAACGGAAAGGUCCAGAGCACUGAGUCGCAACUCCAGCAGGAGUCGAAGCUCAAGCCGAGACAGUCAUCACGCCAAGAAACGGCGAUAUGCUGGUUCUCAUGGAGGCAGUAGGAAUAGGAGCAGGAGCAGUAGUAGAAGCCGGAGUCCAAGCCAAAGCAGGUUCCGAAGCAGAAACAUCCCUUUCGAGGGUGCAAAGCCAGAGAUUCCCACGCCACACUCUGCCGCACCUCCGUAUCAUCAACAACAUCAGCAACACUUCCCGCCGCCGCCGCCGCAGUCAACACCUCAUCAUGCUGAUCACGGCCAACAAUACAAACCGUGGCAACAACCUCCCCCUCCGCCACAGUUCCCAGACGCAUCUCAAUGGCAGCAGCAACAACCGACGCAUGGCUACAAAGCCACUCCGGGGGGCUGGGCCCCUCAGUACCCUCCUCCUGGCAGAGAUUCUGGUCAGCAACCGGGGGCACAUGGUGGAACUGGUCAUGGCCAUAAUAACAGUCAUCCUGGAUAUAGAGGGUACUGAUUGUACCAUAAUAUUCAGAUUAUCUUGCACUGCUUCCCAGUAGUUGAGAUACCAGCAAUAAAUACCAGAAAUUACCAUGUGCCGGAGAGAGUUUGGAGCUAGCUCUACAUCCCUCGUAUUUACCGUGUGCAGUGCAUAGAGACGAUGAGAUCGUCACUGGGUGGGCAUGGAUGAGCUAUUUCAACUUUUGAGAAUAUCAGACGGGCCCAACCUCGGUACUAUAGUUUAUAUAUGGCGGUGAUUAUAUUACGGAAUACAUAAGCCUAAUGUGAUGUACGACAACUAAGAUCACAGCAAACGAAAGGUACACAAUAAGUCGUCUUCAAUUCCGAUUCCGAAGGGAAGGUGCCAAAAGAUAAGAUGAUUAUGCCAUACUAG